AUGCCACAUCAGUCGACGCCAAGAGCAUCCCCUUAUGGGGGGAUCCGUGGCAACGAGGCUGCCGACCUCCUGGCCAAGGAAGCAACGAAUAGGAACAAGAGCCCGGACCGACAACUACACCAUAAUGCAUGCAAACUCACAAGAUAUCUCAAAUCUCAAAUCACGACACCCUCUCGGAAGGAGCUGAAGAAACGGAUUUCCGAUCUCCCAAUCUUGCAGUCGGCACUGAUCAAUCAACUCCGAUCGGGCCAUGCGCCCCUCAACGCCUACCUUUUUAAAGUCAAACGAAGACUGGACCCCAUCUGCCCCUUCUGCGAAGGCCGAGAAACUACCAAUCACUUCCUCGACCUAUGCCCAGCAUAUCGAAAACCUCGGAGGGAACUUAUUCGGAAAGCCAGAUCAAAGAAGCUCAAGGAAGACAGGCCGGUUUCAUUUCUUGGAUUGAUCCUAUGCACGCUCUUGUAG